CGGAAGAGGUGAGUCUGAUUGGCAGGGUGUGGCCGACGGUGUGCGGCGAACAUGGCGGAGCGCGUGAAGAAGCGGCCCUGCGGCCCGGGUGAACAUGGCCAAAGGGUCGAGUGGCGAAAAUGGAAGCAGCAGAAGAAAGAGGAGAAAAAGAAGUGGAAGGAUCUCAAGCUGAUGAAAAAACUGGAGCGGCAGCGGGCACAGGAAGAACAGGCAAAGCUCCAACAGGAAGAGGCAACUGCACAGAGGGAGGACCAGGGUCGGCCCUACACCCUGAGUGUGGCCCUGCCAGGCUCCAUCCUGGACAAUGCCCAGUCACCGGAGCUCCGCACCUACCUGGCUGGCCAGAUUGCCAGAGCCUGCACCAUCUUCUGUGUGGAUGAGAUUGUGGUGUUCGACGAAGAAGGCCAAGAUGCCAAGACCGUGGAGGGAGAAUUCAGGGGAGUCGGCAAGAAGGGGCAGGCAUGCGUGCAGCUGGCCCGGAUCCUGCAGUACCUGGAGUGUCCACAGUACCUAAGAAAGGCGUUCUUCCCCAAGCAUCAGGAUCUCCAGUUUGCAGGGCUUCUGAACCCCUUGGACAGCCCUCACCACAUGCGUCAGGAUGAGGAGUCCGAGUUCAGAGAAGGCAUCGUGGUGGACCGGCCCACCCGGCCAGGCCACGGGUCCUUUGUCAACUGUGGCAUGAAGAAGGAGGUGAAGAUUGACAAGAACUUGGAGCCUGGACUUCGUGUGACAGUACAGCUGAACCAGAAGCAGCUCCCAGAAAGCAAGACCUACUGGGGAAAAGUCGUGUCAUCGCAGGACCCUCGCACCAAAGCCGGUCUCUACUGGGGCUACACGGUCCGGCUGGCCUCCUGCCUCAGUGCUGUGUUUGCUGAGGCCCCCUUCCAGGACGGGUAUGACCUGACCAUUGGGACAUCAGAGAGAGGCUCGAAUGUGACCUCCGCCCAGCUGCCCAGCUUCAGGCAUGCUCUCGUGGUGUUCGGGGGCCUCCAGGGGCUGGAAGCUGGGGUGGAUGCUGACCCCAACCUAGAGGUGGCUGAACCCAGUGUCCUGUUCGAUCUGUACGUCAACACCUGCCCUAGCCAGGGCAGCCGCACCAUCCGCACCGAGGAGGCCAUCCUCAUCUCCCUGGCCGCCCUGCAGCCUGGCCUCACCCAGGCGGGUGCCCGGCCCAGCUGAAGGUUCCAGCAGGCCGAAGACCGCGAAGCAGCAGCAGGGAAGCCAGAGGCUCCUGAGGGGCCCCUGGGACAGACACAGCCAGGACUUUUGUCUCCAAAGAUCACCACCUUUAAUGCGACCCAGCCCCCACAGUCCGGCAGGGUAUGGCCUUCACUUGCAGCCUGCAGUGAUGGCCUUGAGGCUGCCUGCCCGCGCCAGAAUAUUUGGCACAAAGAGCAGCCCCGAGGCCCGCUCGAUGCUCUCGAUGGGCACCAGGAAGUGCUCCAGCGGGAGCGCCUCGUCCACAGGAGCGUUGGGCAUCACAUAGGAGCGGAGUUCGAUUUGCCCGCCUGCUGCCUCCAGGAUCAGCACCUUGAAGAAGUGGGUGGGCACCGCCACGUGGUUCUUGCCGAUGACCUGGUACUUCACAUAGGACUUGCCGUCAGCCUCCGUCCUGCGGGCAGACCCGGGCACACCAGGCCUUUCAGAGUUCCCGAGGGGUCUGCUCGGACCCGAGGCUGCACCUCUGAGAAGCCUUCCCCGGCCUGACUUCCCCCUUGUGUCAGCCUGUAGAACUGCCCCCUUAGCAGGAGGCUUCUGUGCCCUUCUCAGCUCCCCCAGGAGGCUGGGGGCUCCCUGCAGGGUAGACACUCCCUUACCCUGUUUCCCUCAGGCCCAGCACUGGGUCAGGCAGGGUGGGUGGUGGCAAUAAAUGCAGCUGAGAGAAUCCGGCCUCGUGGGCACUCACCUUCAUUACUGCAGACCCGAGACUACUGCCUACCUCCCCCGUGGCGGGUGAGCACCAAGUGGGCGAGGGCCUGGGGCCCAGAACACGGGAUGGAGGACUUCGGUCUUCCUCGGCGGGGCCCACUCCAUUCCAGCAGGCCAUAGGAAGCCCCUGCUGGUCAUCCGUGCCUCCUUGGCCAGCCCAUGCUGAGCGCUUCCUGUAGCGACCUCCACCACCCGCAUUUCACCCCGAAGCAACUGCGAGGUAGGGAAUGGCUAUUAUCCCCACCUUACAGGAGAGGAUAUUGAGGUCACUUGCCCAUGACACCCAGAGACCAGGUGAUAGGGCCUGGGUUCCAUCUGAGGCCCGUGGACUCCAGAGCCAGUGGCUUCCCCACAACCCUUUGCCUCCCCGAUCUGUCUUCACUGGGCUGGAAAAUUCACUGAGCAUGCCCAGGGGAGCUCAGUCCCUUCUACCUGGGAGGCAGGGCUGCAGAGGGACAAGAGUGAAGGCUCAGGAUCGGGGAGAUGGAGGUCAGACCCUGGCUUCCAGAAGGGUGAGGAGGGUUGCUCCAAGCAGAGGAAACCGAAAGCAAGAGCCUGGUGCAAGGCUUUCUAUCUGGACAGAAAGGGAGUCGGGCACAUGGCAAGAGGUGAGGGGAGAGAGGAACAGAGGCAGGUUUGGGGCCUGAUGCCGGCGCAGAAGAGACAGUCUUGUGGGUACCCCCACAGGCCUCUAGCUAUAGAAAUGCAGUUGGGGGGGUCUGAAGCAGAGAACGGACAAUCUUGUCAAGAAACUAGAUGAUGUGACUUGGCACUGCGUGCGCACCCAGAGGCUGAGGCAGGCCUGGA